AUGGCUAUCCUGGUGUGGAAGGCAGACUUGAACGACGAGGCGGUUACCAUCACGGUGGUCAUCAUGGUCAAUACUCUGGCGCUCACCCCGGCAGUCACCCUAGCGGUCACCACGGCGGUCACCACGGCGGUCACCACGGCGGUCACUACGGCGGUCACCACGGCGGUCACCACGGCGGUCACCACGGCGGUCACCACGGCGGUCACCAUGGCGCUUAUCACGGCGGUCAUCACGGCGGUCAUCAUGGCGGUCAUCAUGGCGGUUACCACGGCGGUCACCAUGGCGGAAAGCCUUAUUGAGAUGGUGGUAUUCUUCAGGACGGACAUUGAGUACAUGCUACCGUGCGGGUUUUGGACUCGAGGUGACGAUGGAAAGUGCCGUUGGAUGUCGCCAUCAAGUCCCCGAAAAAGACUCGACGGUAACAAGACCUACCGAGCCUUGUGA